AUGACGACCGACAUCUCCCUCGAGACCUCCAUGGGCCCCGUCGUGCUCGAGCUCUACGCCGACCGCGCCCCCAAGACGUGCAGGAACUUCGCCGCCCUCGCCGAGCGCGGCUACUACGACGGCGUCGUCUUCCACCGCGUAAUCCCGGACUUCAUGGUCCAGGGCGGCGACCCGACCGGCACCGGCCGCGGCGGCGACUCCAUCUACGGCGCCCAGUUCGAGGACGAGAUCCGCGCCGACCUCAAGCACACGGGCGCGGGGGUCCUGAGCAUGGCCAACUCCGGGCCCAACACCAACGGCAGCCAGUUCUUCAUCACGCUGGCCCCGACUCCCUGGCUCGACGGCAAGCACACCAUCUUUGGCCGCGUCAAGAAGGGCAUGACGGCCAUCAAGCGCAUGGGCAUGGUCCCGACCGACAAGAUGGACCGGCCUGUCAACGACAUCAAGAUCCUCAAGGCCCGCGUCGUCGAGGAGGCUGACCAGGUCUAA